UCUCUCUUUUUGUUGUAUCUCUUUCUUCCUGGAGAUGUUUUUUCUUUAGUUUCUUACAUAUGUGUGAAGUUAAAUGUACUCACAGUGCUGUGGAGGGAGGUGUAUGUAGUCACAGUGCUGUGGAGGGAGGUGUAUGUAGUCACAGUGCUGUGGAGGGGGGUGUAUGUACUCACACUGCUGUGGAGGGAGGUGUAUGUACUCACAGUGCUGUGGAGGGAGGUGUAUUGUACUCACAGUGCUGUGGAGGGAGGUGUAUUGUACUCACAGUGCUGUGGAGGGAGGUGUAUGUACUCACAGUGCUGUGGAGGGAGGUGUAUGUACUCACAGUGCUGUGGAGGGAGGUGUAUUGUACUCACAGUGCUGUGGAGGGAGGUGUAUGUACUCACAGUGCUGUGGAGGGAGGUGUAUGUACUCACAGUGCUGUGGAGGGAGGUGUAUGUACUCACAGUGCUGUGGAGGGAGGUGUAUGUACUCACAGUGCUGUGGAGGGAGGUGUAUGUACUCACAGUGCUGUGGAGGGAGGUGUAUGUACUCACAGUGCUGUGGAGGGAGGUGUAUGUACUCACAGUGCUGUGGAGGGAGGUGUAUGUACUCACAGUGCUGUGGAGGGAGGUGUAUGUACUCACAGUGCUGUGGAGGGAGGUGUAUGUACUCACAGUGCUGUGGAGGGAUGUGUAUGUACUCACAGUGCUGUGGAGGGAGGUGUAUGUACUCACAGUGCUGUGGAGGGAGGUGUAUGUACUCACAGUGCUGUGGAGGGAGGUGUAUUGUACUCACAGUGCUGUGGAGGGAGGUGUAUGUACUCACAGUGCUGUGGAGGGAGGUGUAUGUACUCACAGUGCUGUGGAGGGAGGUGUAUGUACUCACAGUGCUGUGGAGGGAGAUGUAUGUACUCACAGUGCUGUGGAAGGAGGUGUAUUGUACACACAGUGCUGUAGAGGGAGGUGUAUGUACUCACAGUGCUGUGGAGGGAGGUGUAUGUACUCACAUGGUGUGGACGGAGGUGUAUAUACUCACAGUGCUGUGGAGGGAGGUGUAUGUACUCACAGUGUUGUGGAGGGAGGUGUAUGUACUCACAGUGCUGUGGAGGGAGGUAUAUGUACUCACAGGGCUGUGGAGGGAGGUGUAUGUACUCACAGUGCUGUGGAAGGAGGUGUACUGUACACACAGUGCUGUAGAGGGAGGUGUAUUGUACUCACAGUGCUGUGGAGGGAGGUGUAUGUACUCACAUGGUGUGGAGGGAGGUGUAUAUACUCACAGUGCUCUGGAGGGAGGUGUAUGUACUCACAGUGUUGUGGAGGGAGGUGUAUGUACUCACAGUGCUGUGGAGGGAGGUGUAUUGUACUCACAGUGCUGUGGAGGGAGGUGUAUGUACUCACAUGCUGUGGAGGGAGGUGUAUGUACUCACAGUGCUGUGGAGGGAGGUGUAUGUACUCACAGUGCUGUGGAGGGAGGUGUAUUGUACUCACAUGGUGUGGAGGGAGGUGUAUGUACUCACAUGGUGUCGAGGAAGGUGUAUGUACUCACAGUGCUGUGGAGGGAGGUGUAUGUACUCACAGUGCUGUGGAGGGAGGUGUAUGUACUCACAGUGCUGUGGUCGGAGGCGUAUGUACUCACAGUGCUGUGGAGGGAGGAGUAUGUACUCACAGUGCUGUGGAGGGAGGUGUAUGUACUCACAGUGCUGUGGAGGGAGGUGUAUGUACUCACAGUGCUGUGGAGGGAGGUGUAUGUACUCACAGUGCUGUGGAGGGAGGCGUAUGUACUCACAGUGCUGUGGAGGGAGGUGUAUGUACUCACAGUGCUGUGGAGGGAGGUGUAUUGUACUCAGAGUGCUGUGGAGGGAGGUGUAUUGUACUCAGAGUGCAGUGGAGGGAGGUGUAUGUACUCACAUGCUGUGGAGGGAGGUGUAUGUACUCACAGUGCUGUGGAGGGAGGUGUAAGUACUCACAGUGCUGUGGAGGGAGGUGUAUGUACUCACAGUGCUGCGGAGAGAGGUGGAUGUACUUACAGUGCUGUGGAGGGAGGUGUAUGUACUCACAGUGCUGUGGAGGGAGGUGUAUGUACUCACAGUGCUGCGGAGAGAGGUGGAUGUACUUACAGUGCUGUGGAGGGAGGUGUAUUGUACUCACAGUGCUGUGGAGGGAGGUGUAUUGUACUCAGAGUGCUGUGGAGGGAGGUGUAUUGUACUCAGAGUGCUGUGGAGGGAGGUGUAUGUACUCACAGUGCAGUGGAGGGAGGUGUAUGUAUUCACAGUGUUGUGGAGGGAGGUGUAUGUACUCACAGUGCUGUGGAGGGAGGUGUAUGUACUUACAGUGCUGUGGAGGGAGGUGUAUGUACUCACAGUGCUGUGGAGGGAGGUGUAUGUAUUCACAGUGCUGUGGAGGCACGUGUACUGUACUCACAGUGCUGUGGAGGGAGGUGUAUGUACUCACAGUGCUGUGGAGGGAGGUGUAUGUACUCACAGUGCUGUGGAGGGAGGUGUAUGUACUCACAGUGCUGUGGAGGGAGGUGUAUGUACUCACAGUGGUGUGGAGGGAGGUGUAUGUACUCACAGUGGUGUGGAGGGAGGUGUACGUAAUCACAGUGCUGUGGAGGGAGGUGUAUGUACUCACAGUGCUGUGGAGGGAGGUGUAUGUACUCACAGUGGUGUGGAGGGAGGUGUAUGUACUCACAGUGCUGUAGAGGGAGGUGUAUGUACUCACAGUGCUGUGGAGGGAGGUGUAUGUAAUCACAGUGCUGUGGAGGGUGGUGUAUGUACUCACAGUGCUGUGGAGGGAGGUGUAUGUACUCAGAGUGCUGUGGAGGGAGGUGUAUUGUACUCACAGUGCUGUGGAGGGAGGUGUAUGUACUUACAGUGCUGUGGAGGAACGUGUAUUGUACUCACAGUGCUGUGGAGGGAGGUGUAUGUACUCACAGUGCUAUGGAGGGAGGUGUAUGUAUUCACAGUGCUGUGGAGGGAGGUGUACUGUACUCACAGUGCUGUGGAGUGAGGAGUAUGUACUCACAGUGCUGUGGAGGGAGGUGUAUAUAAUCACAGUGCUGUGGAGGGAGGUGUACUGUACUCACAGUGCUGUGGAGGGAGGUGUAUUGUACUCACAGUGCUGUGGAGGGUGGUGUAUGUACUCACAGUGCUGUGGAGGGAGGUGUAUGUACUCACAGUGCUGUGGAGGGUGGUGUAUUGUACUCACAGUGCUGUGGAGGGAGGUGUAUGUAAUCACAGUGCUGUGGAGGGAGGUGUAUGUAUUCACAGUGCUGUGGAGGGACGUGUACUGUACUCACAGUGCUGUGGAGGGAGGUGUAUGUACUCACAGUGCUGUGGAGGGAGGUGUAUGUACUCACAGUGCUGUGGAGGGAGGUGUAUUGUAAUCACAGUGCUGUGGAGAAAGGUGUAUGUACUCACAGUGCAGUGGAGGGAGGUGUAUGUACUCACAGUGCUGUGGAGGGAGGUGUAUGUACUCACAGUGCUGUGGAGGGAGGUGUAUGUACUCACAUGGUGUGGAGGGAGGUAUACGGUACUCACAGUGCUGUGGAGGGAGGUGUAUGUACUCACAUGCUGUGGAGGGAGGUGUACAGUACGGACAGUGCUGUGGAGGGAGGUGUAUGUACUCACAUGGUGUGGAGGGAGGUGUAUGUACUCACAUGCUGUGGAGGGAGGUUUUCGGUACUCACAGUGCUGUGGAGAAAGGUGUAUGUACUCACAUGGUGUGGAGGGAGGUGUAUGUACUCACAUGGUGUGGAGGGAGGUGUAUGUACUCACAGUGCUGUGGAGGGAGGUGUAUUGUACUCACAGUGCUGUGGAGGGAGGUGUAUGUACUCACAGUGCUGUGGAGGGAGGUGUAUGUACUCACAGUGCUGUGGAGGGAGGUGUAUGUACUCACAGUGCUGUGGAGGGAGGUGUAUGUACUCACAGUGCUGUGGAGGGAGGUGUAUGUACUCACAGUGCUGUGGAGGGAGGUGUAUUGUACUCACAGUGCUGUGGAGGGAGGUGUAUGUACUCACAUGCUGUGGAGGGAGGUGUAUGUACUCACAGUGCUGUGGAGGGAGGUGUAUUGUACUCACAGUGCUGUGAAGGGAGGUGUAUGUACUCAGAGUGCUGUGGAGGGAGGUGUAUGUACUCACAGUGCUGUGGAGGGAGGUGUAUGUAUUCACAGUGCUGUGGAGGGAGGUGUAUGUACUCACAGUGCUGUGGAGGGAGGUGUAUUGUACUUACAGUGCUGUGGAGGGAGGUGUAUGUACUCACAGUGCUGUGGAGGGAGGUGUAUGUAUUCACAGUGCUGUGGAGGGAGGUGUAUGUACUCACAGUGCUGUGGUGGGAGGUGUAUUGUACUUACAGUGCUGUGGAGGGAGGUGUAUGUACUCACAGUGCUGUGGAGGGAGGUGUACUGUACUCACAGUGCUGUGGAGGGAGGUGUAUGUACUCAUAUGCUGUGGAGGGAGGUGUAUGUACUCACAGUGCUGUGGAGGGAGGUGUAUGUACUCACAGUGUUGUGGAGGGAGGUGUAUGUACUCACAGUGCUGUGGAGGGAGGUGUAUGUACUCACAGUGCUGUGGAGGGAGGUGUAUGUACUCACAGUGUUGUGGAGGGAGGUGUAUGUACUCACAGUGCUGUGGAGGGAGGUGUAUGUACUCACAGUGCUGUGGAGGCAGGUGUACGGUACGCACAGUGCUGUGGAGGGGGUGUAUGUACUCACAUGCUGUGGAGGGAGGUGUACGGUACUCACAGUGCUUUGGAGGGAGGUGUAUGUACUCACAUGGUGUGGAGGGAGGUGUAUGUACUCACAGUGCUGUGGAGGGAGGUGUACUGUACUCACAUGGUGUCGAGGAAGGUGUAUGUACUCACAUGCUGUGGAGGGAGGUGUAUGUACUCACAGUGCUGUGGAGGGAGGUGUAUUGUACUCACAGUGCUGUGGUCGGAGGUGUAUGUACUCACAGUGCUGUGGAGGGAGGUGUAUGUACUCACAGUGCUGUGGAGGGAGGUGUAUGUAAUCACAGUGCUGUGGAGGGAGGUGUAUGUACUCACAGUGCUGUGGAGGGAGGUAUAUGUACUCACAGUGCUGUGGAGAGAGGUGUAUAUACUCAGAGUGCUGUGGAGGGAGGUGUAUUGUACUCAGAGUGCUGUCGAGGGAGGUGUAUGUACUCACAGUGCUGUGGAGGGAGGUGUAUGUACUCACAGUGCUGUGGAGGGAGGUGUAUGUACUCACAGUGCUGUGGAGGGAGGUGUAUGUACUCACAGUGCUGUGGAGGGAGGUGUAUGUACUCACAGUGCUGUGGAGGGAGGUAUAUGUACUCACAGUGCUGCAGAGAGAGGUGUAUGUACUCACAGUGCUGUGGAGGGAGGUGUAUUGUACUCACAGUGCUGUGGAGGGAGGUGUAUUGUACUCAGAGUGCUGUGGAAGGAGGUGUAUUGUACUCAGAGUGCUGUGGAGGGAGAUGUAUGUACUCACGUUGCUGUGGAGGGAGGUGUAUGUACUCACAGUGCUGUGGAGGGAGGUGUAUGUACUCACAGUGCUGUGGAGCGAGGUGUAUUGUACUUACAGUGCUGUGGAGGGAGGUGUAUGUACUCACAGUGCUGUGGAGGGAGGUGUAUGUACUUACAGUGCUGUGGAGGGAGGUGUAUGUACUCACAGUGCUGUGGAGGGAGGUGUAUGUACUCACAUGCUGUGGAGGGAGGUGUAUGUACUCACAUGCUGUGGAGAGAGGUGUAUGUACUCACAGUGCUGUGGAGGGAGGUGUAUUGUACUCACAGUGCUGUGGAGGGAGGUGUAUGUACUCACAUGCUGUGGAGGGAGGUGUAUGUACUACAGUGCUGUGGAGGGAGGUGUAUUGUACUCACAGUGCUGUGGAGGGAGGUGUAUGUACUCACAUGCUGUGGAGGGAGGUGUAUGUACUCACAGUGCUGUGGAGGGAGGUGUAUUGUACUCACAGUGCUGUGGAGGGAGGUGUAUGUACUCACAUGCUGUGGAGGGAGGUGUACGGUACUCACAGUGCUGUGGAGGGAGGUGUAUGUACUCACAUGGUGUGGAGGGAGGUGUAUGUACUCACAGUGCUGUGGAGGGAGGUGUACUGUACUCACAUGGUGUGGAGGAAGGUGUAUGUACUCACAUGCUGUGGAGGGAGGUGUAUGUACUCACAGUGCUGUGGAGGGAGGUGUAUUGUACUCACAGUGCUGUGAAGGGAGGUGUAUGUACUCAGAGUGCUCUGGAGGGAGGUGUAUGUACUCACAGUGCUGUGGAGGGAGGUGUAUGUACUCACAGUGCUGUGGAGGGAGGUGUAUGUACUCACAGUGCUGCGGAGAGAGGUGGAUGUACUCACAGUGCUGUGGAGGGAGGUGUAUUGUACUCACAGUGCUGUGGAGGGAGGUGUAUUUUACUCAGAGUGCUGUGGAGGGAGGUGUAUUGUACUCAGAGUGCUGUGGAGGGAGGUGUAUGUACUCACAGUGCUGUGGAGGGAGGUGUAUGUACUCACAGUGCUGUGGAGGGAGGUGUAUUGUACUUACAGUGCUGUGGAGGGAGGUGUAUGUACUCACAGUGCUGUGGAGGGAGGUGUACUGUACUCACAGUGCUGUGGAGGGAGGUGUAUGUACUCAUAUGCUGUGGAGGGAGGUGUAUGUACUCACAGUGCUGUGGAGGGAGGUGUAUGUACUUACAGUGCUGUGGAGGGAGGUGUAUGUACUCACAGUGCUGUGGAGGGAGGUGUACUGUACUCACAGUGCUGUGGAGGGAGGUGUAUGUACUCAUAUGCUGUGGAGGGAGGUGUAUGUACUCACAGUGCUGUGGAGGGAGGUGUAUGUACUCACAGUGUUGUGGAGGGAGGUGUAUGUACUCACAGUGCUGUGGAGGGAGGUGUAUGUACUCACAGUGCUGUGGAGGGAGGUGUAUGUACUCACGGUGCUGUGGAGGGAGGUGUAUGUACUCACAGUGCUGUGGAGGGAGGUGUAUGUACUCACAGUGCUGUGGAGGGAGGUGUAUUGUACUCACAGUGCUGUGGAGGGAGGUGUAUAUACUCACAGUGCUGUGGAGGGAGGUGUAUGUACUCACAGUGUUGUGGAGGGAGGUGUAUGUACUCACAGUGCUGUGGAGGGAGGUGUAUGUACUCACAGUGCUGUGGAGGCAUGUGUACGGUACUCACAGUGCUGUGGAGGGAGGUGUAUGUACUCACAGUGCUGUGGAGGGAGGUGUAUGUACUCACAGUGCUGUGGAGGGAGGUGUAUGUACUCACAGUGCUGUGGAGGGAGGUAUACUGUACUCACAUGGUGUCGAGGAAGGUGUAUGUACUCACAUGCUGUGGAGGGAGGUGUAUGUACUCACAGUGCUGUGGAGGGAGGUGUAUUGUACUCACAGUGCUGUGGUCGGAGGUGUAUGUACUCACAGUGCUGUGGAGGGAGGUGUAUGUACUCACAGUGCUGUGGAGGGAGGUGUAUGUAAUCACAGUGCUGUGGAGGGAGGUGUAUGUACUCACAGUGCUGUGGAGGGAGGUAUAUGUACUCAUAGUGCUGUGGAGAGAGGUGUAUAUACUCAGAGUGCUGUGGAGGGAGGUGUAUUGUACUCAGAGUGCUGUGGAGGGAGGUGUAUGUACUCACAGUGCUGUGGAGGGAGGUAUAUGUACUCACAGUGCUGUGGAGGGAGGUGUAUGUACUCACAGUGCUGUGGAGGGAGGUGUAUGUACUCACAGUGCUGUGCAGGGAGGUGUAUUGUACUCACAGUGCUGUGGAGGGAGGUGUAUUGUACUCAGAGUGCUGUGGAAGGAGGUGUAUUGUACUCAGAGUGCUGUGGAGGGAGGUGUAUGUACUCACAGUGCUGUGGAGGGAGGUGUAUGUACUCACAGUGCUGUGGAGGGAGGUGUAUGUACUCACAGUGCUGUGGAGGGAGGUGUAUUGUACUUACAGUGCUGUGGAGGGAGGUGUAUGUACUCACAGUGCUGUGGAGGGAGGUGUAUGUACUCACAGUGCUGUGGAGGGAGGUGUAUGUACUCACAGUGCUGUGGAGGGAGGUGUACUGUACUCACAGUGCUGUGGAGGGAGGUAUAUGUACUCACAUGGUGUGGAUGGAGGUGUAUGUACUCACAUGCUGUGGAGGGAGGUGUAUGUACUCACAGUGCUGUGGAGGGAGGUGUAUGUACUCACAGUGCUGUGGAGGGAGGUGUAUGUACUCACAGUGCUGUGGAGGGAGGUGUAUGUAAUCACAGUGCUGUGGAGAGAGGUGUAUAUACUCACAGUGCUGUGGAGGGAGGUGUAUGUACGCACGGUGCUGUGGAGGGAGGUGUAUGUACUCACAGUGCUGUGGAGGGAGGUGUAUUGUACUCACAGUGCUGUGGAGGGAGGUGUAUGUACUCACAGUGCUGUGGAGGGAGGUGUAUGUACUCACAGUGCUGUGGAGGGAGGUGUAUGUACUCACAGUUCUGUGGAGGGAGGUGUAUGUAAUCACAGUGCUGUGGAGGGAGGUGUAUGUACUCACAGUGCUGUGGAGGGAGGUGUAUGUACUCACAGUGGUGUGGAGGGAGGUGUAUGUACUCACAGUGCUGUAAAGGGAGGUGUAUGUACUCACAGUGCUGUGGAGGGAGGUGUAUGUAAUCACAGUGCUGUGGAGGGAGGUGUAUGUACUCACAGUGCUGUGGAGGGAGGUGUAUGUACUCACAGUGCUGUGGAGGGAGGUGUAUUGUACUCACAGUGCUGUGGAGGGAGGUGUAUGUACUCACAGUGCUGUGGAGGGAGGUGUAUGUACUCACAGUGCUGUGGAGGGAGGUGUAUGUACUCACAGUUCUGUGGAGGGAGGUGUAUGUAAUCACAGUGCUGUGGAGGGAGGUGUAUGUACUCACAGUGCUGUGGAGGGAGGUGUAUGUACUCACAGUGGUGUGGAGGGAGGUGUAUGUACUCACAGUGCUGUAAAGGGAGGUGUAUGUACUCACAGUGCUGUGGAGGGAGGUGUAUGUAAUCACAGUGCUGUGGAGGGAGGUGUAUGUACUCACAGUGCUGUGGAGGGAGGUGUAUGUACUCACAGUGCUGUGGAGGGAGGUGUAUUGUACUCACAGUGCUGUGGAGGGAGGUGUAUGUACUUCCAGUGCUGUGGAGGAAGGUGUAUUGUACUCACAGUGCUUUGGAGGGAGGUGUAUGUACUCACAGUGCUAUGGAGGGAGGUGUAUGUAUUCACAGUGUUGUGGAGGGAGGUGUAUGUACUCACAGUGCUGUGGAGGGAGGUGUAUGUACUUACAGUGCUGUGGAGGGAGGUGUAUGUACUCACAGUGCUGUGGAGGGAGGUGUAUGUAAUCACAGUGCUGUGGAGGGAGGUGUAUGUACUCACAGUGCUGUGGAGGGAGGUAUAUGUACUCACAGUGCUGUGGAGAGAGGUGUAUAUACUCAGAGUGCUGUGGAGGGAGGUGUAUUGUACUCAGAGUGCUGUCGAGGGAGGUGUAUGUACUCACAGUGCUGUGGAGGGAGGUGUAUGUACUCACAGUGCUGUGGAGGGAGGUGUAUGUACUCACAGUGCUGUGGAGGGAGGUGUAUGUACUCACAGUGCUGUGGAGAGAGGUGUAUGUACUCACAGUGCUGUGGAGGGAGGUAUAUGUACUCACAGUGCUGCAGAGAGAGGUGUAUGUACUCACAGUGCAGUGGAGGGAGGUGUAUUGUACUCACAGUGCUGUGGAGGGAGGUGUAUUGUACUCAGAGUGCUGUGGAAGGAGGUGUAUUGUACUCAGAGUGCUGUGGAGGGAGAUGUAUGUACUCAGGUUGCUGUGGAGGGAGGUGUAUGUACUCACAGUGCUGUGGAGGGAGAUGUAUGUACUCAGGUUGCUGUGGAGGGAGGUGUAUGUACUCACAGUGCUGUGGAGGGAGGUGUAUGUACUCACAGUGCUGUGGAGGGAGGUGUAUGUACUCACAGUGCUGUGGAGGGAGGUGUAUGUAAUCACAGUGCUGUGGAGGGAGGUGUAUGUACUCACAGUGGUGUGGAGGGAGGUGUAUGUACUCACAGUGGUGUGGAGGGAGGUGUAUGUACUCACAGUGCUGUAAAGGGAGGUGUAUGUACUCACAGUGCUGUGGAGGGAGGUGUAUGUAAUCACAGUGCUGUGGAGGGUGGUGUAUGUACUCACAGUGCUGUGGAGGGAGGUGUAUGUACUCAGAGUGCUGUGGAGGGAGGUGUAUUGUCCUCACAGUGCUGUGGAGGGAGGUGUAUGUACUUACAGUGCUGUGCAGGAACGUGUAUUGUACUCACAGUGCUGUGGAGGGAGGUGUAUGUACUCACAGUGCUAUGGAGGGAGGUGUAUGUAUUCACAGUGCUGUGGAGGGAGGUGUACUGUACUCACAGUGCUGUGGAGUGAGGAAUAUGUACUCACAGUGCUGUGGAGGGAGGUGUAUUGUACUCACAGUGCUGUGGAGGGAGGUGUAUGUACUUACAGUGCUGUGGAGGGAGGUGUAUGUACUCACAGUGCUGUGGAGGGAGGUGUACUGUACUCACAGUGCUGUGGAGGGAGGUGUAUGUACUCAUAUGCUGUGGAGGGAGGUGUAUGUACUCACAGUGCUGUGGAGGGAGGUGUAUGUACUUACAGUGCUGUGGAGGGAGGUGUAUGUACUCACAGUGCUGUGGAGGGAGGUGUACUGUACUCACAGUGCUGUGGAGGGAGGUGUAUGUACUCAUAUGCUGUGGAGGGAGGUGUAUGUACUCACAGUGCUGUGGAGGGAGGUGUAUGUACUCACAGUGUUGUGGAGGGAGGUGUAUGUACUCACAGUGCUGUGGAGGGAGGUGUAUGUACUCACAGUGCUGUGGAGGGAGGUGUAUGUACUCACGGUGCUGUGGAGGGAGGUGUAUGUACUCACAGUGCUGUGGAGGGAGGUGUAUGUACUCACAGUGCUGUGGAGGGAGGUGUAUGUAAUCACAGUGCUGUGGAGGGAGGUGUAUGUACUCACAGUGGUGUGGAGGGAGGUGUAUGUACUCACAGUGGUGUGGAGGGAGGUGUAUGUACUCACAGUGCUGUAAAGGGAGGUGUAUGUACUCACAGUGCUGUGGAGGGAGGUGUAUGUAAUCACAGUGCUGUGGAGGGUGGUGUAUGUACUCACAGUGCUGUGGAGGGAGGUGUAUGUACUCAGAGUGCUGUGGAGGGAGGUGUAUUGUCCUCACAGUGCUGUGGAGGGAGGUGUAUGUACUUACAGUGCUGUGCAGGAACGUGUAUUGUACUCACAGUGCUGUGGAGGGAGGUGUAUGUACUCACAGUGCUAUGGAGGGAGGUGUAUGUAUUCACAGUGCUGUGGAGGGAGGUGUACUGUACUCACAGUGCUGUGGAGUGAGGAAUAUGUACUCACAGUGCUGUGGAGGGAGGUGUAUAUAAUCACAGUGCUGUGGAGGGAGGUGUAUUGUACUCACAGUGCUGUGGAGGGAGGUGUAUGUACUUACAGUGCUGUGGAGGGAGGUGUAUGUACUCACAGUGCUGUGGAGGGAGGUGUACUGUACUCACAUGGUGUGGAGGGAGGUGUAUGUACUCACAUGCUGUGGAGGGAGGUGUAUGUACUCACAGUGCUGUGGAGGGAGGUGUAUUGUACUCACAGUGCUGUGGUCGGAGGUGUAUGUACUCACAGUGCUGUGUAGGGAGGUGUAUGUACUCACAGUGCUGUGGAGGGAGGUGUAUAUACUCACAGUGCUGUGGAGGGAGGUGUAUGUACUCACAGUGUUGUGGAGGGAGGUGUAUGUACUCACAGUGCUGUGGAGGGAGGUGUAUGUACUCACAGUGCUGUGGAGGGAGGUGUACUGUACUCACAUGGUGUGGAGGGAGGUGUAUGUACUCAUAUGCUGUGGAGGGAGGUGUAUGUACUCACAGUGCUGUGGAGGGAGGUGUAUGUACUUACAGUGCUGUGGAGGGAGGUGUAUGUACUCACAGUGCUGUGGAGGGAGGUGUACUGUACUCACAUGGUGUGGAGGGAGGUGUAUGUACUCACAUGCUGUGGAGGGAGGUGUAUGUACUCACAGUGCUGUGGAGGGAGGUGUACUGUACUCACAUGGUGUCGAGGAAGGUGUAUGUACUCACAUGCUGUGGAGGGAGGUGUAUGUACUCACAGUGCUGUGGAGGGAGGUGUAUUGUACUCACAGUGCUGUGGUCGGAGGUGUAUGUACUCACAGUGCUGUGUAGGGAGGUGUAUGUACUCACAGUGCUGUGGAGGGAGGUGUAUAUACUCACAGUGCUGUGGAGGGAGGUGUAUGUACUCACAUGGUGUGGAUGGAGGUGUAUGUACUCACAUGCUGUGGAGGGAGGUGUAUGUACUCACAGUGCUGUGGAGGGAGGUGUAUUGUACUCACAGUGCUGUGGUCGGAGGUGUAUGUACUCACAGUGCUGUGGAGGGAGGUGUAUGUACUCACAGUGCUGUGGAGGGAGGUGUAUGUAAUCACAGUGCUGUGGAGGGAGGUGUAUGUACUCACAGUGCUGUGGAGGGAGGUAUAUGUACUCACAGUGCUGUGGAGAGAGGUGUAUAUACUCAGAGUGCUGUGGAGGGAGGUGUAUUGUACUCAGAGUGCUGUCGAGGGAGGUGUAUGUACUCACAGUGCUGUGGAGGGAGGUGUAUGUACUCACAGUGCUGUGGAGGGAGGUGUAUGUACUCACAGUGCUGUGGAGGGAGGUGUAUGUACUCACAGUGCUGUGGAGGGAGGUGUAUGUACUCACAGUGCUGUGGAGGGAGGUAUAUGUACUCACAGUGCUGCAGAGAGAGGUGUAUGUACUCACAGUGCUGUGGAGGGAGGUGUAUUGUACUCACAGUGCUGUGGAGGGAGGUGUAUUGUACUCAGAGUGCUGUGGAAGGAGGUGUAUUGUACUCAGAGUGCUGUGGAGGGAGAUGUAUGUACUCAGGUUGCUGUGGAGGGAGGUGUAUGUACUCACAGUGCUGUGGAGGGAGGUGUAUGUACUCACAGUGCUGUGGAGGGAGGUGUAUGUAAUCACAGUGCUGUGGAGGGUGGUGUAUGUACUCACAGUGCUGUGGAGGGAGGUGUAUGUACUCACAGUGCUGUGGAGGGAGGUGUAUUGUACUCACAGUGCUGUGGAGGGAGGUGUAUGUACUUACAGUGCUGUGGAGGAAGGUGUAUUGUACUCACAGUGCUUUGGAGGGAGGUGUAUGUACUCACAGUGCUAUGGAGGGAGGUGUAUGUAUUCACAGUGCUGUGGAGGGAGGUGUACUGUACUCACAGUGCUGUGGAGUGAGGAGUAUGUACUCACAGUGCUGUGGAGGGAGGUGUACUGUACUCACAGUGCUGUGGAGGGAGGUGUAUUGUACUCACAGUGCUAUGGAGGGAGGUGUAUGUACUCACAGUGCUGUGGAGGGAGGUGUAUGUACUCACAGUGCUGUGGAGGGUGGUGUAUUGUACUCACAGUGCUGUGGAGGGAGGUGUAUGUACUCACAGUGCUGUGGAGGGAGGUUUAUGUAUUCACAGUGCUGUGGAGGGACGUGUACUGUACUCACAGUGCUGUGGAGGGAGGUGUAUUGUACUCACAGUUCUGUGGAGGGAGGUAUAUGUACUCACAGUGCUGUGGAGGGAGGUGUAUGUACUCACAGUGCUGUGGAGGGAGGUGUAUGUACUCACAGUGCUGUGGAGGGAGGUGUAUGUACUCACAGUGCUGUGGAGGGAGGUGUAUGUAAUCACAGUGCUGUGGAGAAAGGUGUAUGUACUCACAGUGCUGUGGAGGGAGGUGUAUGUACUCACAGUGCUGUGGAAGGAGGUGUAUGUACUCACAGUGCUGUGGAGGGAGGUAUAUGUACUCACAGUGCUGCAGAGAGAGGUGUAUGUACUCACAGUGCUGUGGAGGGAGGUGUAUUGUACUCACAGCGCUGUGGAGGGAGGUGUAUUGUACUCAGAGUGCUGUGGAAGGAGGUGUAUUGUACUCAGAGUGCUGUGGAGGGAGGUGUAUGUACUCACAGUGCUGUGGAGGGAGGUGUAUAUAUUCACAGUGCU